GGUAAGCCCUCUUCCCUCCUAAGCAGAGCGUUUAUAACGGAAAUUGAAUUAAAUUACAACAGUUGCAAUAAUGUGUAAUGUUAAUAAACAAUAUUCUGCCACCGAUUUGGAGGCAUUUAUGAAAUUGGCCGCCAAUUGGCAAAAUACUAAUCAUAACUUAUUGGAAGGAGUUGACAUUAAAGGAGAAAUGCAACAAUACUUAAAUAGUCCCACCAUGAAUAUGUACAAGAAACGUGAACGUACACAAAACUGGAAUCAUCAGGAGAAGAAAUUCCUAUUGGAUCUUUGUCGCAAGGAUAUGCGUAUUAUAGAGAAUAAACGUCUUGAUGCAGGCCUAACGGCGGUCAAGAAUAAAGCAUGGAAAAUAAUACAUCAGAAAUUUUCGAAUCAAUUUGGCACAGAUCGAACGUGCAAUCGUUUAAAGGAGCAAUGGCGCAGAAUGAAAGCCUGCACUCGCAAUGAGAUUUUGGACUACAACAAUCGUUUGACACGUUUUGGGCCCGAGGUGGCCGAUCGCAAAAAGCCCUCGCCUUUUACCUUUGAGGUAUGGGACUUUAUGCAGGAGGCCAAAAAGGCUUGCAAAUCUGAGGCCCUGGAUGGCAUAGAUUACUCGAAAAUUCCCUUGGCCCUGGAGGAAGAUUUUGAAUAUCGCGAGGAUGAGCAGAACAAUGAAGAUGAACAUGAUAUGGAUGACAGCAGUCGUACGCCACCCCAGGACUUGUGUGAUAUAGACAUCAAAGAUGAGACUUUAAAUGAAUCCUCCUCGUAUAUGAUGCAACAAAAUGGUGAUCGCCUAAAUGCCACUUCUCCCCAACAGCAGCAGCAACAAUCACAACAUCAGCAGCAACACCAACAGUCCUCAAGCCAGAUGCAUCAUGAUUUGGAUAACUCGGGCAUGCAUAGCCCCACAAAUUUAUCCACCAGUGGUGCCGAACACAGUGGACCAGCAGCCUUCAUGACAGCCCAGGGAGGCAGCGACUUGAGCGGAUUUCAAACCGGCUUUAAUAUGAAUAAUAUUUCGGCCACUUUGGAGGCCCUCAAUGCAUUGCGUUCGGGACAAUUUCCUUCGGCUGCAGCUGCUGCAGCAGCGGCCUUGCAAAACAAUUUCGCCGCCGCACAUCACCAGCAACAACAACAACAUCACCAACAACAGCAAGCCGCCCAAAACCAACAGCAAUCGGAUGUGGAAGAUCAAAUGCCUCCCGUGAAAAGGCCACGCACCUCCAGCGUCAGCAAUACAGGCGGCUCGGGCUCAGUGGCUGGCGAUUUAGAUCUCAGCGAUACUCAACAGAACACCUCCAGCUGCCUCAAUUUGGCCACCUCUGCCUCCAACUCUGCCAAAAGUCAUGGCGAGAGUUCGCCCGAGCUCAGAGCCUUCAUGGACAUGCAAAGCAAGGAACACAUGAUGCGCAUGCGUAUACUCGAAGUGCAAUUACAGGCGGCCAAAUACAGUCGCGAUCUGGUGGAGAUCAAUAAGACGCUGGCCCUACAAAAGCUACAGGAAUACGCCAGCAAACGUCUGAGCACAUAACUAACUCGCUGCGCAAACGGAAAAGCUUAUUAUUCUCGAUUUAGGAGAUUCAAGUUUUUUUUUUUGUUGAAAACAAAAUCGAAAGUGGCACCAUCAAGGUGGUCGGCCAUAGAAGGCCCUUUGGUGGUUUGUAUUGUUAAAACUUGUGUUAAUUUUAAAUGAAAUAUUUUUUUUUUUUUAUUUUAGUUUAGUUUUAAAUACUUUGGCAGUUUAUUAAUUUAAUUUUCUAAUUUACUUUAAACAAAGAGCUGCGCUCGUUUUAUUGUAAAAUGAAUGGAAGAAGAACCACACUCGAAACCAAGAAAUUAGAAUUUCUUGUCUUUUUUCUUUUUGUUUCCUACAAACAAAAAAUCACGUUUAGUAAUAAUUCGCACAGAAAAAUGGAUCACAAAACACCCAGAAAAAAUACUUGCAUACAAAAGCACAUUCCUUUUGAAAAUGUCUUUUUCUUUCAAAUAAACCACAAAUCACAGAACAAUCAAUCGAUUGCAAAGAAAAAGUUUUCGCUUCAAACGAAAUAUCGUCAAUCAAUACAUAAUUCUAAAACAUGUGCCAAUACAGUAUUUUUUUUUUAAAUGAGUUGAAAAACGUCUCAAUUAAUUUUUUUUUUUAUAAAUAAUAAUUACAAUUAUUAUCGAUUAAAAAAAUAUGUUUUUGUAUAAAAAAAUGUUCUUUGUUAUCACAAAACACAAAACAAAAAAAAAAAAAAGAAAUGUCUCAAAAAAAUAUCACAAACAAUUUGUAGAUAAUCUUAAGAAAGAAAGCUACCUCAGUUUACUUUAUACUAGUACUACUACUACUACGAUUUAGCCAUAGUUUCUAAAACCACAAAAUUACAAAAACGACAACUAUAAGAAAAAAAACCCAAACACCUCAGUUGGUGUUUUAUACUUAGAUCGUAAGAAAUUCUAUUCUAUGUAAAACAAGGAAAUUUUAUUUGCACUCACCCCUGAGUGAGAGAGAACAAAACCAAUAUAACAAAUGAAUUAGUUUUAAUGUUAAUUUAAACAAAAAAAAAAAAUACUUUUUUAUUUUAUUUUUUUAAAACAAAAAAAAAACUAGCAACACCAUUAUUUAGAAAUUGUUUAGCUAUUAUAGAAAUCGAUAUUUUUCUAUACUUAAAUUUAAGUAACGAAUUUACUUAAAAUCGCUAACAUACAUAUACACACUCACCCAAGUGUAUGUGUGUGUGCCUGUGUUACAAACAAACAAGAGAUGAGUUUAUAAAUCCGAUAAUAAUACAACAAUAAAAGUAAUUUUUAUGUUUUUACUUAAUAGUA